AUGUUUUUUACACUCGUUUUACUAGGCUCCCUUUAUAUUUCAACCGUAAAUGGGUGGGGUGCCACUGGACACGCUCUUGUUGCUAGGAUCGCACAGAAUACUCUAACUCAAGAAGCGCAGAAAUUUGUUCAAGAUCAUUUACCAUGGUAUGCGAAAGGGGAUUUAAGUAUGCUAGCAUCAUGGCCUGACACGAUCUUAUAUCCGGAUACGAAUCCCGUCGAAUAUCUCAAUUGGCAAUGGUCAAAAGAACUACACUAUGUUAACACACCAGAUUGGGCCUGUAACUAUGACCGUCAUCGUGAUUGCGAUUGGGCUGGAGGCCAACGUUGCGUUGAUGGAAGUAUUCAGAACUACACAAAUCGAUUGGCGGACAUAUCAUUAGAUUCGACACAACGACAGGAAGCAUUGAGAUUUUUAGUACAUUUUAUUGGCGAUGUUCACCAGCCACUUCAUGCAGGCUUUACUAGUGAUCGGGGAGGAAACUCCAUUAAAGGUCAGUUUUUUGGCAAAGCAACGAAUUUACACUCUCUGUGGGAUACCGUGAUGAUUGAACGUCGUAUUUCUACGGAUUUUCAAAGUGAUUCGAGUAAAUAUCUGGCCUAUCUUCUUAAUGUUAUGCACACCACUUAUAUACGAAAUAUUUCUCAAUGGACAAAAUGUCCGUCAAAUGACGAAUCGAAAUAUUUAGCUUGUUCUACAGCAUGGAUUGACGAAAACAGUGAUUUAAAUUGUGACCAUGUCUAUCGCAACGAGCAAGAUCAGCGCAUGACUAUUUCUCAACAAUUCAAAUUAAGUGACAUUUAUUUCAAUACACGAAUGAUCUUUGUCGAAGCUCGACUUCUUCAAGGUGGUGUUCGACUCGGCGCUGUUAUCAAUAAAGUAGUUGAACUGCAAAAACAUCAUCAUCAUCCUAAAAAAGGCCAUGACCAACUGUGUACAGGCACGAUGCUGUUAAUGGCAGUGAUCCUUUUCCAAGUUGUAUUAGCAUUUCUUAUUGUGAUAUACGUCGCUGCGCGUCGAAGAAACUACCGAAGACCGUUAGCUCAAAUGCCAGGUGUGUUUCAUAGUGUCAAAGCAUAA